UGGUCAUAAAUGAUUAUUACUCUUCAUUUCGGACCGAUGUGAUUGAGAAAUUGUGUUUUUAUAUUUUCACAAAAUCUAGUGUUCCAAAGGAUCCAUCAUGGAAUCAAGACAGCUCUUGCGCUACUUACUGGUGAGACGAAAACCAAAAAUUACACCGAAAAAAGUGGCGACAAAAACGCGUGCUGUUAACAACGUUGCUCAGCUACCAGGCAUUAUUUGCGACGAAAAUGUCAUCGAUUUUACUGAGGAUUACAUGCCUCGCGAUGAUGAAUUUUAUGUCGCCGAAGAGGAACACUAUUAUGCAAAACUGAUAAUGUACAAAGGCCAUUGUGGACUCUUUGGAUUUGCGCUGCAUCGUAACUUCACCGUUGACCGCCUCGUCUAUCUAUCGAAUCCACUAAAGAGAUAGAAUUUAAAAUUUGAAAUUAACAUGAAUGUGCGCAUCGGAUACUGUGCUGACAAAAAAAAUUAAUAUUGGCUGAACAAAUGUUUACUAAAUUGUAUCACUUCAUCUUUGGGGCACUCAGUGCCCGUUAGUGUAUUUUGUAUAAAAAAUUGAAAUUUUUCAAUUCAAAAAAUGAUCUAUCAAAUUGAUAUCAUAAAUUAUUUGACAAAAGUUUUGUAAUUCGUUCUUUGACAAAAGUUUUUUAUUUGAUUAAUAAAUUCACCCGGA